AUGGGGUACCGAGGCCUCAAGGCUAUAGUUGCCGCUAUGGAACGUAACUGGACUUUAGAGAAAGUGAAUUUGUUUGCAAACAACUCUCUCGAUGAAUCCGAAGCCGCAGGUCGCACGGAUGAUCUUGCAGAUUACAAUCGCCUCAUGUCCAUGGUUAAAGCCGAUUUUUCAACCUCCCAAGAAGAGCUCAUGGUGUUGGCCUGGGGUAGCGGGUGCGGUCUCUCACACCUCGAGUCUAAGCUGAAGAUAAUAAUUGGCCGCAACAUUCUGUAUAAACGACAAGUCAAAAAAGAAGCUGUGGAUCUCCUCCGAUACUCUAGGCUGAUGCUGCACAAACCUGUUGAGGCUCCCCUCUCCUUUGGUUCCCUCCCCAUUGAACUUCAGCUUUCCGUUCUGUCCCAUACCGCGCCCUUUUUGUCCACCUCACAACGGAUACGAAUUUUUGAGUACGCAGUCAACAAGUCAACGUUGCCGAAUCUUCGCCUUCACUUGCCUGUUCGAAAACCUUCUCUUGAUCCAACACCCAGCCCCAAAUCCGGAAAAAAGAUUGGAAGUUUGGGGCCUCGGAACACAAAUAUCUCAGGGGGUGUUCAAAGGAAGAUGAAGAUUGACGAAUGGCUAGAAAGUGUGGGCUGUGAUUCUUACGACCCCGAACCUGUCAAUUGA